AAAUUUGCAGAAGUUCCCUAGGAGAUACAACAAAGACUUGUUUCUCAACAUGGCAACUACGAACCAGGAUCUUUUGAAGUUGGAGUUGAAAACCUCUACAUCUUCUUCUUUUGAAUCAACACUCCUUGUCUGCCCUACAAAGGGAACACUAUCCCCAAGCUCAAUUUGUGGGGAAAAGCUAGUAACAAGUUCAGUUCCUAGAAGCCAAGUGCUUGGGAAAGUGAGGGAUUUCUUGGGAGUAAUGGCUGAAGCUAAUGAAAAGCUGCAGAACGAUGUCAAAGAGAAUUCUGGCAAGGAUUACAAUAUUGAGGAGCUCACUGGAAAUGAAAAUGAAUUCAUUGAGAUGGAUUUGGUUCUGGGUGUUGCUGAUCUUCAUACCCCAGAAGCUGUGGCUGCUGCUGAAUCUGCCAUGGCUGGCUCCCAACGAGUGAUUAAUUUAGCAGACAACGAUAGUGAUUCUGAUGCAGAAAGCAGUGAUGACGAAAAUGAAGAUGACAAUGAUGAGGGAACCACAGGAAACGGUACCGAGAAAGUGAAGUCUCGUAAAGAUGAUUCUUCUGGAGACAGGCAACCAAAAAAGCGACCAAAGAUCAUUGAGCUCCUUUGAUAACUUUUUUCAUGACCGCGUUAUCGUGCAGCCCUUACUACUAAGAUUAACAGAGAAACAGCUUAUGGAGUCCUUGUGGUAUUUUGUGGAGUCAAACUUGUAAGGAUUGUGUAGAAAAAUACAAAAGAAACAACUGCGUGCCUGUAGGAGGACUACAUUUGCGGCGAGCAUUCUAGAGCUUUUUCUCAAUUCCCUUGGAUUAAAAAUUAGUUUCUAGUGCUUUGUUGAGUACAUUCCUUGCCAAGUAGAAAGUUUUUGUUUUGUUAUUUUCA